AUGCAAAGUGUUUUUAAUGAAAGUAGUCAACCAAUUAAUGCAAUUUCUGGACGUCAUUUGUUUCGAAAGAGAAAUUCAAAUGUCAAAGUGUUGUUGGUUGAAGAAAAUUCUUAUACGAAAUUUCUACCAACGAAAAACUGUUUUCUGUUUGUUAAUUUGAUUGAGUUUAAUCUACAAGCGAAAACGUUGACAUCUUUGACAAGAUCUGAGUUUCUUUCUUGCAAAUAUGUUGUAACAGUUAGAAUUUUGAACAGUCAAAUUUCUUAUCUUCCUGAAGAUUUAUUUUAUGAUUUACGAAACUUGGAAUAUUUGGAAAUAACGGGAAGUCGACUUAUGGCGUUUCCAAAGAACAUGUUCGCAAAAAAUACAAGAAUCGAGACAGUUAUUCUUGAUAACAACAAACUUUUGAGCGUUGACUCCGAAUAUCCCACGACUGUAAAAGUUUUGUCGAUGAAAGGCAACAUUUGUGUUGAUAAAGAUUUCCCUGGAGAUUAUUUAACACUCCAAGAUUUCUCUUCGUCACUGAAUGAAACUUGCUCGAAAAAAAAUUUGGAAGAGUUCGUGACAAAUUAUAAAUUUCAAAUAACGCAAAUGGCAAAUUUAACAGCUGAUGUAAGAAAUAUGAAAAGUAAGCUUGAAUCAUCGAUCGAAGAAAGUAAUCGAUGCGGGAAAAAUGUUACAUCACUCAUUGAUAUGACUCAAGUAUGUGAAUCAGAAAUUCAAACACUCUCAUCUAAUCACACUGAAGCUCAAAAAAAAAUUCAACAACUUUAUACUGAUAUCGUCAGCUUGCAUCAGAACAUAUCAGAAAUUCGUUUCGAACUUGAUGAUAAGACUUUGGAAUUAGCACGAUGUCAAACAGAGCAAGAGAAUCUCAAUGAAACAUUUGGAAAUCUUGUUGAACAUUUGACGAUUCUGACAGAUAAUCAAAAUGAAAACGAAGGAAAAAUUAAAGAUUUGAACAUUUUACUUGCGACUGUUGAAAGCUCUUGUAACUCAACAAUUGAUGAAAUGACCUCACAACUGUCUGAAGCGGACAACAACAAAACAAAUUACGAAGAAACAAUUAAUGAGAUGUCUACAAAAAUGUUUGAACUUGAGUUAAACUUAACAGAAUCCUAUGAUAAUUGCUCAGCUUUGAUCUUUCAAUUAACUUCAGAAUUGAACGUGACAUCUCAAAAAUUACAACUGAGAGAUUUGGAACUUAAAGAAUUUCAAUUAAGGAAUGAAAGUUUGGAGAUUCAAGGCGAUAUUUAUAAUCAGACAGAUUUAGAAGAACAUUUCGAGAUUGAAAGUUCAAGCAUAAGCAAAAUGAGACAUGAUGUUGUCGUUGUGCCAUGUCUAGUGAUUCUGAUGAUUUUUGGUUGGGUAACUUCACUCAUUCUCUUCAUAAAAUUGAAAAAAGAUUCAAAACACAAUGAAAUUCAAUUAUCCGUUUACUAG